GCAGCCGUUUGCUCAUCCUUUUCUUCUUCCGCUUUUAAACGAAGGAAGGAAGUAAAUCACGGCUAACGUUAGCUGUUGAGCUAAUAGAGCGGUAGCACAACCCAUUUAGCAGCGUUUUCUUCAAACGACGCCAAAUACCAAACUAGCUGAUCUGAACAGCAUCACCCAAGAUGUCCGACGAAGGCAAGCUGUUCAUUGGUGGACUGAGCUUCGACACAAAUGAAGAGUCACUUGAACACGCGUUCUCCAAGUAUGGGAAUAUUACCAAAGUCGACGUUGUCAGAGAUCGUGAGACGAAGAGGUCCAGAGGAUUUGGCUUUGUUACAUUUGAGAACCCUCAAGAUGCUAAAGAUGCACUGCUUGGCAUGAAUGGAAAGACUGUUGACGGCAGAGCAAUCCGUGUAGAUGACGCAGGAAAGCCUGGAGGACGAUCUGGUGGGUAUCGCGGUGGCUCCGGCGGCCGUGGUGGUGGCGGAUUCUCCAGAGGUAGAGGCAGAGGAAGAGGUUUUGGAACGUAUGAUAGGGGUUUGAGAGACAACGACUUUGAAGACAGAAGUUUUGGUGAUAGAUCUUACAGUCACAGGAGCUAUGUUGGUGGUGAUGAUGGUGACUACAGGAGAAGCCGUGACUACUCAGCACGUGGUGGAUACAGGGGAAACAGGAAUCAGCGAGGUUAUAGAGAGCGCUCUGGGGAUACAUACAGAGACAACUAUGACCAUUACACCCCACACGAGUAAAAACACAAAAAACUUCGUGAUUGCAAGAUCAUCUCUACCCCUGGCUGUUUUAAAAAAAGAUGUUCUUCGAAGACCUUUUUUGAUGUUUUUUUAAAUUUUUUUUUCCUCCAUUUUUUUUUUUUUUUUUUUUGGGAUGGGGGGUUGUUAUAUGGUAUAUGGUUCAACAGACUUUGCAGUAUCUUGAAUUCUUUGUUUAAGUGUUGGACGUGUUCUGUAUUCUCUUCAAAUAGAUUAGAGUCCUGUAGGAUAUUGAGUAGUUUGUCUUAUGCUGGGUUAGUGGCCUAAUACAUUUAUUGCAUCUUAUUUCCCUGUCUGGGUAUAUGUAACUGAACUCUGGUCAAUGAUCCAAAAUAAAUUUAAAAUAGAAAGGCCUUGAUUUGCAGUACACCUGUUUUGCUGAAUCGCUUGGUGAGAUCUGACUCUGUUCAACACAGCCUGAUAGCUUCCACCUCAAACUCAGUCUUGGUGAUAAAUUGUAGCCUCAAAAUCUCAACAAUUUAUAAAACCUUCGCCUUUGGAAUUGGUAGUGAAUUGUGGCCCUCUGGGGAAAAAAACAAUUGAUAUCUGUUAAACCUUGUCAUGAAGCUUUACAAGCUGUGAUUAUACCCGUAAGGUCUAUGCCAAUGUCCCUUCAGCUCUGUAAUGCAUUCUUUUUGUGAAGAGGGUUUAAUUCUUCCUGGGAGCGCUGAUAUCUAGCAGAAUUUCUUGCAUGAUGUUGCUUAACAUUUGUAACUAGUCAUAAUACAAUCAAGUUAACUGACUUGUUAAAGGGGCUAGAUAGCAAUGAUAAACAAUCAUGCAUUUUAACUUACAUAUUGGUUAAUACUUUAUGCUUAUUUUUGAUGCCAUAACAUUGGGCUUUGAGAUACAGCAGUCCUGAAAGCUUUCCCUCAAACUCUUGAAACAAUUUGAAUUAGAGUUUGGGUGGUAAAUUAUGGAAUAGCUGACAUAUUUAAUUGAUAUGGGUCUCUUUUGGUUGCUACAUCUCAUAGCCAGCUCUGAUGGCCAGAACAGACACUCAGAUGAUGUGCUUUAGCUAUCAACUAUUAUUUAAGAAUGACAAGUAUUUGUUCCAAAAAUAGUGAAGGUUUGUAGACUUGGUCAACAAAAUAUCAAAAUGCUAUUUUGACAUUGCCAUAAAUUUGUUUUUGGCUCUGUUAGACAAACCACCAUUCAGCUGAAAAUGAAUGAUUCUCUCAAAAUAAACUAAUAAAGUCAGCAAGGUACUCUCAGAUGCAUAUUUUCAUUUGGAUUUUCAUGAAGAUGAUAGGAGCAGGUGUUAGCAUGAUUUCCUCAUCCAAUUUAAGUCAGUUUAUUAGUUUUAGCUAAUAUUAGAUGGCAACAAUCUAUAUGUGGAAAUGAGGUUAAAUAACUGCAGACUUAAGCUUUCUGAUCCCCCGUGUUGCAACUUUCCUUUGAACCAAACUGCCAGGCAGUGGUUUAUUUAACCAGCAAGGGACUGAUUACUCUUGCCAUUCAGACUGGUCAUGAGGACACAAUAGCCCAAAAUUAUCUUAACAUGAGGAAAACAGGGCUGUUAAGCCUAUCAAUAAA